AUGAAUCUCCCUCUAGAGAGUAUCCCGGACGAGUGGACCACCGAUCCCGCCGAAAUCCAGUUCGACCUGCUAUGGAAAGACCAUAGAAGUCAAGGCCAGGAUAUGGGGAGAAGGUUUGGGUUGUCAGGGCCACAGGUUAUUAUGACCGCCGAGCGUGACACGGGGAAUGCCCAGUGUAUGUUCCAAUCGGGUGAGCGAUGCUAUAUCUGGAAUGUGUUGAACGACACGGUCUGGGAAAUUAUCAAACCCACAGGGUUGCUGGAUAUACUCCAAACUACGACUACCAAGGGAGAAAGAGCGCUGAAAGUGAAGGAAAUCGAGCCUCUCGAAGUUGACGAGGAUAAGGAGCACAACGAGUAA